AUGGAACUGUACUUUCAUCCGAUUCUACAGCAAAUGCUGCACUCCAACGACCACGGGUUCUGCUCUGAAACGCUCCAACUGCUCAGCGUAUUUUACCCCGCCCUGGCCAACCUCCAGUUCGACUUGAUCGUCGCGACCAUCCGGUCGAUCUUCUGCAGCAUCGUGUACGGCACCAGCGCCAUUCCCCUCGACGAAGCGGCGGAAUACGACGAGUUGCAUGCAGAAGGAGUGGCGCUCGAAAAGUCGUUGGAAGAGCCGAAAACACUUCGCUAUUUGCGGUGCCUGGAAUUGUCGUCCAAGAUCCUACAGUUCACCCGACAAAGCUUGAAGAACGCCAUGAUUGCCAACAUUUUGCACCUGAUUUUGCCCGCCGUGGAUAGCGAUAUCCCAGCGUUACGUGAAAAAGGGCUCGAAUGCUUGGGUCUGUAUUGCUUGUUGGACCGCAAAAUGGCCCUCAACCAUACGAUUGUGUUUUGGCGGGUACUCAACGCCGACGACGAGGACGGAGACUCCAAGCACACGUGCAUUCGGGUGUUGCUCGACUUUUUCGCAGCGUUCAAGUCGUUUGAAAUCACUCCCGUGGAAGAAGAUGGGGACAUGAUCACGUCGGGUUCGAUUUUGGACGGCCUUGCGACCUACUUUUGCGUAAAUGAGCAUCAAUUGGACACGUGGGACUUGCAGACCCAAACGCUGGUCGUGGAGGGUUUUAUCAAGCUGUUUCUGCUAAAACGCAUUGCCGAUUCCACG